AUGCCGCACCGGGACGUGGUCUCGGCCACUGCGGCCAUCGGCGCGCUCACCCGCCGCGGCCGCCACCGCGACGCCCUCGCCAUGUUCUCCCGGGUGCUCGCCCACGGCGUCGCGCCCAACGAGUUCACCUUCGGCACCGUCCUCCGCUCGGCCACCGUGCUGCGCGCCCCGCGCGUCGGCGCGCAGCUCCACGCCUGCGCCGCCAAGCUCGGCCUCUGCUCCAACGUCUUCGUCGGCAGCGCCCUCCUUGACCACUACGCCAAGAUGGGCGCCAUGAGGGAGGCCCAGGGCGCGCUUGAGGAUACCCGUGAGCCGAACGUGGUCUCCAACACCGCCCUCAUUGCCGGCUUGCUGAAGAACGGGAUGUUCGAUGAAGCAGACCGUUUGUUCCGGCGCAUGCCGGAGAGGAACCUGAUCUCUUGGAACGCGAUGAUCGGCGGGUGUAGCCAAGCCGGGCUCAGCGAGGACGCUGUUAAUCUGUUCCUGGAGAUGUGUCGAGAAGGCGUCACGCCGAACGAAAGCACCUUCCCCUGCGUGCUCACUUCUGUUGCCAAUGCAGGGGCACUAGGCGUUGGUAGAAGUGUCCACGCAUCGGCCAUCAAGUUCCUGGGCAAGCUUGACGUCUAUGUGGGCAAUUCUCUCGUGAGCUUCUAUGCAAGGUGCGGUAGCUUGGAGGACAGUGUCCUGGCGUUCAAAAGGAUGAAGCAAAAGAACUUGGUCUCAUGGAAUGCACUGAUCUGCGGGUAUGCACAGAAUGGGAAGGGAGAGGAGGCUUUGAAUGCUUACAAGGCGAUGAGAGCAACGGGCCUGAAGCCGAAUAAUGUCACUCUUCUCGGCUUGCUGUUUGGAUGCAACCAUGCCGGUCUGGUUGACGAGGGGUAUGCACUAUUCAAGGCUGCUGAGAGGGAACAACCCGGCAUACUGAAGCCUGAGCAUUAUGCUUGUGUGGUUGAUCUUCUAUCUCGGGCGAAGCGGUUUGAUGACGCCAAGAGGUUUCUCGAGGAUCUUCCCUUUGAGCCGGGCAUCGGGUUCUGGAAGGCACUGAUAGGGGGUUGUCAGAUUCACUGGAACAGGGAGCUAGCUGAGAGUGUUGCCGAGCGAAUUCAUGCAUUGGAUCCAAAGGACACGUCUUCCUACAUUCUUCUGUCAAAUGUUUAUUCUGCAGCAGGAAGCUGGCAAAGUGUUUCUAGGAUUAGGAGAGAGAUCAAGGAGAAGGGGCUGAAGAGGAUUACCGGCUGCAGUUGGAUUGAAGUCCAGGAUAAGGUCCAUGUCUUCUUCAAUGGAGACUUUAGACAUCCUCAGAGUGAAGAAAUUUGCGCGAUGCUUGAAGCAUGCCUGUACACCAGGGAAGAUGAUCAACAUGAACAAUCAACUGAGUGAUCAUGACAAAUCAUCCAAAAAAUGAAAGCAAGUUGCUUGCUUGUCACUAUCUUCAAUGCGGAUAUGUUGUUCCUUCAAGACCUCAGCAGAUUGCAGCGCCACAUGCUGGAAGGACGAAUAAUCAGGUUUCAGGUGUCGAAUGAACAUGUGUUGCGUUAGCAGCAAGAAAUGUUCUUCAUGAAAGCUGUGCUCCCUCAUAACACCAAUAGCAAAGGAAAACUGGCAGGUGUGUCCACGAUCAGGAUGGAGAUCAAGGAGAAGGGGCUGAAGAGGAUUACCGGCUAAAGUUGGAUUGAGGUCCAGGACAAAGUCCAUGUCUUCUUCAACGUAGACUGUAGGCAUCAACAGAGUGAUGAAAUUUCCUCGAUGUUUGAAGCGUCUGAAUAAGAUGACGAACAUGAACACCCGUGUGAUGAUGACAUGUCAUCCAGAAGGUGUUUGUUUGUCAUCGUCUUCUUUUGAGGACCACUCGAUGUUGAAGCUUGUGAUUUGCAAUGUUAAAUAGAUUAAAUGAGUCCAUUUACGAAUUGUAUUUUGAUUGUCAACAACACAAUUCACCUAAAUGUCCUUC